CUGUUUGCCAUGCCCAACCACGCCCCAAUAGGGAGGCGGCUCCUGGGGUUUAAAUAUGUCAUGUGGAGCGAAAGGAGGGAUUCAGAUUACUAAACGAGUGAAGAACUAGAAACAAGGAACUACAGUACCCAAAAGCUAAUGGAAGAUUUGAUUCUUAAGCAUGUUAACCUGGAGCUCCCGACCAACCAGGUGAGCCAUGAGACCGAAGGGUUGAGCUCCAAAAACCUGGUUGUGCGAAGAGGAGAGCCAUUCAGGAUCACCCUGUUCUUCCAGGGUCGGCCAUUCAACCCAGACAGAGACAGCCUGGUCUUCAAAGCUGUGCUAGGUGGCCUCUUCGUGAAAUUCCCCGCCACCUUCUCGAAGCCGCCCUCUUAUUCUCAGUGGAGCGCUGAGAUUGAGCCGGGUACCUCUGCUCGCAGCCAGACUGUCACCGUCAAAAUUUUUGCCCCGUCCUUCGCCCCCAUCGGGCUCUACGAGCUGCACGUACACGUCCUGGCAACGCCCCGGCAGUGCAGCUACCAAAUCGGAGAGUUUGUGCUGCUGUGUAACCCCUGGUGUCCCGCCGAUUCAGUGUACCUUCAAAACGAGGAACUGAGAGAAGAAUGUGUGACAAAUGACAUCGGAUUUUUGUAUGUGGGUACCUCCAAGAACGUGGUACCGAGACCAUGGGAAUUCGGCCAGUAUGAAGAAGGAAUCUUGGAGAUCUGUCUUGACCUUCUGAAAAUCAGUCCACAGCACCAGAGGAACUGGAAAAUGGACUGCCUGCGCCGCUCAGACCCAGUGUACCUGAGCAGGGUGGUGUGCGCGAUGAUCAACUGUGAAGACGACAAAGGGAUUCUGAAGGGGAACUGGUCUGGGGUCUUCAAAAACGGGGUUAACCCUUCGGAGUGGACGGGAAGUGCUGACAUACUGAAACAGUGGGCCAAAUCCAAGUUCAGCCCAGUGCACUAUGGCCAGUGCUGGGUCUUCGCAGCUGUCAUGUGCACAGUCAUGAGAGUCCUGGGAAUUCCAUGCAGGGUCGUCACCAACUUCAACUCUGCCCACGACACCAAUGGCAACCUUGUUAUUGAGGAAUACUAUGACGAGAUGGGGAAAAAACUACAGAUGAGCAAAGACAGCAUUUGGAAUUUCCAUGUGUGGGUUGAAUGCUGGAUGACCCGUCGUGACUUAGGAUCUGGCUUUGAUGGAUGGCAAGUUUUGGAUCCAACUCCCCAGGAACGAAGCAAUGGGAUAUUCUGCUGUGGCCCUUCUCCCGUCAAGGGCAUCAAGGAGCGUCAUUUGGACGUGAUCUACGACGUCCCCUUCGUCUACGCCGAGGUCAACGCGGACGUGCACACGGUCAUCGUGAAGAACGGCCAGGUGCUGUCCCGGAUCGUGGACACUGAGAGAGUGGGCUCCAUCAUCUGCACCAAAAGCCUGGGCUCCUCCCGGCCCCUCAACGUCACCAGUGCAUACAAAAACACCAAAGCCGUUAUGCCAUCAAACAGAAGAGCGGAUGAAAGUCCAAGGUUGAGACGAUCAUAUACUCUUCGAGGAGGAAAGCACACCUUGGCCGUUUCCCUGAAGCUGGUCAAGACGCCCGUCGCCGGGGAGACCAUCUCAUUCUCCGUCACUGUCACCAACAAGGUGAAUUCCCCUCGAACCCUGAAUGAACACGUCAAUGCACAGGCCAAGGAUUACAACAGCAGCCCACUGGAGACCUUCUGGGAGCUUCACAACAUGCUACAGCUGGCCCCCUAUGAAGUCAAGACCAUCGUGCACCAGAUUACCCACUCCGAGUAUGAGGAGAUGCUGUUGGGAGACGGUCUGGUGAACCUCGCUGUGGUGAUGCAGGACGUGGCCAGUCACGAACGAGUCCUGGCCACAGAGGAGUUUAACAUCACCAACCCAUGGAUCUCCAUUCAGAUCACCGGUGGCGAUCGUGUCGCGCUGAACGAAAAGAAUGAAGCUCGCUUCGUCUUCAGAAACCCCUUCCAUGUCCCCGUGAGCGGCGUGCUGACGGUAAUGGGAGCCGGUUUAGUGCCCGGAAAAUUGCAAUCAAGCGUGAGCCUGCAGCCGGGGGAAACCAUGAAGGAAGUGGCCUUUUUCAUCCCGAAGGCGACAGGCACGAAGAUGCUCCACGCCAACCUGGUGUUGAAAAACAGCCCCAUUGUGAUAAGGGGCUUCACGACUGUUCUGGUGAGAGCAGCAUAGACACUGGCCUCGGUCCAGAUCUACCAAAUGAGCCUAAGGACUUUGCUGCUGUCCAAAUGACUGAACAUAUUUCCACCAUUUCCACCACAGAGAGUGAAUUUUUGCCAUUUUAAUUCCACACUUUACAUUACAAAACGUACUUUCUAUUUUUGUAUUUAAUGUUGUAUUUCACUGUUUGUAUUUCUCUAUUUUUCAUAUUUAUUCAUCGGAAAGCACAGAUUACAAUGUUCCCUGUCAGUUUUCUUGGUUAUCAUGGACGUGAGUUUAUAACACAUUGGAAUCACCCUCCCUUUUUGCAAACAGUGUGAACAUCUCAGAUGUAAAACCUCUGUACUGAAUCUGAAAAGAUGUAACUGUAGAACUCAUAAGCAAACACUGAACUGUAUCAUUUGUUGAUGUAGGACUCCAGCGCCAUUGUUAUUCCUGGGUUCUUUCUCUCCAUUGGCUUUCACUUUGCUAAUCUCAAUUCAGGCAGAUUAGCAAAGGCAGUACAUGGUGGUGCACUUACAUUUGCCCAAAGAACCAAAAUAAAUAUACAGAGGUAAUGGUAGAUCAAUUCAAUAGUGAUUUGCUUAGGUGUACCCAUCACUGACUGCUGACUGAAUGUGUUCUUCUGGCGUACGUGCAUGUAUGUGUGACUUGGGUGUUAUGCAUUUGUUUUUUUUAAAUUAAGUUAAUAGGCCUACCACACCCUGAAAGAAAGUCACAGCCCAUACCCCGUGAUUCAUAUACUGUACUAUUCACAUGUGAAACUUACUGCUUAUUUAAUAUUUUGUAUCUAAUUUAUUGUGUAAUAAAUUAUAAAAAUAAA